AUGAGCAAGAGACAAAUUGAAUCGGAUUCUGACAUAGACGUCAGCUCAACUGAUGAAUCUGACAACGAGUUGGGCCAUCAAGGAAAUGGUGGGGACCGUGAUGUUGACAUGCAAGAAACUGUCAAUGUCGACUUUGAUUUUUUCGAUUUGAAUCCUGAUGUCGAUUUCCAUGCAUUGAAGAAUUUCCUACGUCAACUAUUCGGCGAUGAUCACGGUGAGUUUGACACAAGUGGGAUUGCCGAUUUGAUAUUGGCCAAGAACGGAGUGGGUACUACGAUCAAGACUGAAGGACAAGAAAGCGAUCCGUAUGCACUCUUGAGUGUUUUCAGUAUAUCCAACAAUUUGACUCAACCCAGUGUUAAGCAAUUGGUUGAGUAUGUUUUGAAGCAAACAAGAAACAAACUAGAGUUCAACGUCACGUUGAAGAAGUUGUUACAGCCAAAUACGAGUGGGAGCUCAACAUCAUCACCUAAAGUUGGAUUGAUUGUGAGUGAACGAUUGAUAAAUAUGCCAAUUGAAGUAGUGCCACCCAUGUACAAGAUGCUACUGGAAGAAAUGCAAAAAGCAGACAAUGCAAAUGAACGAUUCAAUUUCGAUUACUUUUUGAUUAUUUCCAAAGUUUACCAAUUGGUUGAUGCGGUAGAGAAGGAUGAUGUUGAUGAUGAUGACGUUACAAAUAAGGGCAAAAAGAGGAAAACCGGGGACCAAAAGCCAGCCGAAUUUGAUUAUUUCCAUUUGGAGGACCAAAUUUUGGAAGCGAAUGCUACUUACAAAGGUGUAUUUGAUUACAAGAACAAGAAUCAACAGGAGACGGAUUCAAGAAGAGUAUUUACUGAUUAUGGAAUUGAUCCCAAAUUAAGCAUCAUAUUGAUAAGCAAGGAUAAUUUAGCUAAAUCGGUAACGGAAAUGGAACAACAAUUUCCAGCCCCAUAG